AUGCCACGCUUCGACGACGCCACGCUUCAACGACGCCACGCUUCGACGACGCCACGCUUCGACGACGCCAAGCUUCGACGACGCCACGCUUCGACGACGCCACGCUUCGACGACGCCACACUUCGACGACGCCACGCUUCGACUCCUCCGCCACGCUUCGACUCCUCCGCCACGCUUCGACUCCUCCGCCACGCUCCUCGCCACGCUUCGACUCCUCCGCCACGCUUCGACUCCUCCGCCACGCUUCGACUCCUCCGCCACGCUUCGACUCCUCCGCCACGCUUCGACUCCUCCGCCACGCUUCGACUCCUCCGCCACGCUUCGACUCCUCCGCCACGCUUCGACUCCUCCGCCACGCUUCGACUCCUCCGCCACGCUUCGACUCCUCCGCCACGCUUCGACUCCUCCUCCACGCUUCGACUCCUCCGCCACGCUUCGACUCCUCCUCCACGCUUUGACUCCUCCUCCACGCUUCGACUCCUCCUCCACGCUUCGACUCCUCCUCCACGCCUCAACGACGCCGCACGCCUCAACAACGACGCACACUUCAACGACGCCGCACGCUUCAACGACGCAGCACGCCUUGACGCCGCACGCUUUGACGCUUCAACGACGCCGCACCCUUCAACGACGGCGCACGCUUCAACGACGCCGCACGCUUCAACAACGCCGCACGCUUUGACGCCGCACGCUUUGACGCCGCACGCUUUGACGCCGCACGCUUUGACGCCGCACGCUUUGACGCUUCAACGACGCCGCACCCUUCAACGACGCCGCACGCUUCAACGACGCCGCACGCUUCAACGACGCCGCACGCUUCAACGACGGCGCACCCUUCAACGACGCCGCACGCUUCAACGACGCCGCACGCUUCAACAACGCCGCACGCUUUGA